AUGAAUCCUCUGUGCUGCAUUGCUCCGGUUUCGAUCGAUCGGGACCGGGCCAACCCUGUGGUGGCCAAAUCUCCCACGCAGUGUCAGCUAGGGCUCGAUGCGCCCGUCAGGACGGUGAACUACGCUUCCAAAUCGACCUUAUCCACGCUCGAUUCCUCCGUCGGCGCGGAUUCCGUCAAGGCAGCCGCCGCCGUGGAUCUCGAGGAGGAGGAGGAGCCCCGCGAUUCGAAGGCGUUUGCCGGCGGCAAUGGCGCCGGCGUUGCCGGGAGUGUUGCUGGGAUCCUGUACAAGUGGGUGAAUUACGGGAAGGGGUGGAGGUCGAGGUGGUUCGUGCUGGAAGAUGGCGUGCUUUCGUAUUACAAGAUUCACGGACCGGACAAGAUCUUGAUGAGUCCGGCGAGGGAUAGGAGCGUGAGGGUGAUUGGGGAAGAGUCAUCCAAGUACGUCAAGAAGGCGAAUUGGAAUCUGAAUCGAGCACCUUCUGGAGGAGUAGGGGGAGGUAACAGUAACAACGGGAAGCAAUGCAAACCGUUCGGUGAGAUACAUUUGAAGGUUUCUUCAGUUCGUUCCAGCAAGUCUGAUGAUAAACGGCUUUCCAUAUUUACUGGGACGAAAACUCUCCACUUGCGAUGUGUAUCUAGAGAAGAUAGAGCCAUGUGGAUUGAGGCCUUGCAGUCUGCAAAAGAUCUUUUUCCCAGAGCUCUAACAAGUAGCGAUCUUGCAACGUCAGAGGACAUUGUGGUUUCAACGGAGAAGCUGCGAUCACGAUUGUCACAGGAAGGCAUAAGUGAAGUAAUCAUUAAUGACUGUGAGUCUAUUAUGCUUUCUGAAGUAUCUUAUCUCCAAAGCAAGUUGAAGUACCUUCAGCAGAAACAUGUUAUGUUGCUGGACACAUUGAAACAACUGGAGUCAGAGAAAAUAGAGUUGGAAACUACUGUAGUUGAUGAAACAAAGGAACGUGAAUCAUAUUGUGGACAAGGAAAUCGAAGGUUCAGCGAUUUCUAUUCUGUCAUGUCAGAGGGUAGUGCUACUGAUUCGGUGGCUGAUAAUGAAAGUCAAGAUGGAGCAGAUGUUGAAACAGAUGAUGAUGAUAGAACAUAUUUUGACACAAAUGAGUUUUUGUAUUCUGAUGCCUUAAGAAGUGCAUCCUAUCGGAGUAGGGAGGGUAUGGGCAAUGCCAGUAUAUAUGAUAGAGAUUAUAUUUGUUAUGAUGGUGUGCAUGGUUUUGAGAAGGAGAUCAAAGAUGUAAGGUAUCCACACGUCAAAAGAAGGGAUAACUUACCAGAGCCAAAAGAAAAGGAGAAGCCUGUUGGCUUGUGGUCAAUUAUUAAAGACAAUAUUGGGAAGGAUCUUUCAGGAGUAUGUCUCCCUGUUUAUUUUAAUGAACCACUAUCUUCUUUGCAAAAGUGUUUUGAAGACCUAGAGUAUUCAUACCUGGUUGAUAGAGCAUUGGAAUGGGGAAAGCAGGGGAAUGAUUUGAUGAGAAUUCUAAAUAUUGCAGCUUUUGCUGUAUCUAGCUAUGCAUCAACUGAAGGUCGACAAUGUAAACCUUUUAAUCCUUUACUUGGGGAGACUUACGAAGCUGACUAUCCAGAUAAAGGACUUAGGUUCUUUUCUGAAAAGGUUAGUCAUCAUCCAAUGAUUGUUGCUUGUCACUGCGAAGGAAGGGGAUGGAAGUUUUGGGCGGAUUCAAAUUUGAAAGGAAAAUUCUGGGGACGUUCAAUCCAGUUAGAUCCUGUGGGUGUCCUAACUUUACAGUUUGAGGAUGGUGAAACAUUUCACUGGAGCAAGGUCACUACUUCCAUAUACAAUAUAAUAUUAGGUAAAAUUUAUUGUGACCACUAUGGUACCAUGCACAUCAAGGGCAGCGGAAACUAUUCUUGCAAAUUGAAAUUCAAGGAGCAAUCUAUUAUAGACCGAAAUCCACAUCAGGUCCAUGGAUUUGUUCAAGACAACCGAACCGGGGAGAAGGUAGCAAUGUUAAUUGGGAAGUGGGAUGAAGCAAUGUACUAUGUACUUGGGGAUCCAACCACCAAGCCAAAAGGUUAUGAUCCGAUGACAGAAGCUGCGAUAUUGUGGGAAAGGGACAACUCUGUAUCCAAGACAAGAUACAACCUCUCUCCUUUUGCAAUUUCAUUAAAUGAAAUAUUACCUGAUUUAUUAGACAAGUUGCCUCCAACCGACUCAAGGUUGAGACCAGAUCAAAGACAUUUAGAAAAUGGAGAAUAUGAACUGGCAAAUGCAGAGAAACUUAGACUUGAACAGUUACAGAGACAGGCAAGAAAGAUGCAAGAGAGAGGAUGGCAGCCGAGAUGGUUUAAGAAGGGUGAGGAUGGUUGCUACCGAUAUAACGGUGGAUAUUGGGAAACAAGAGAAAAGAAUAAUUGGGAUGGAAUCCCCGAUAUAUUUGGACAAAGUUGUGAUUUGCCUUCAUGUUCGGAAGAGACUGUAUCCUACUGA